CCUUUAUAAACUGCUGAACCGGUGUAACAUCUCCAUUUCUGGGGCGCACCUUGCAGCAGCAGACCUGAUGGGACUCCUCAACAAAUAUGACUGAGCAUCCAGAUCAGGAAGGAUGAGUCAGAGGACAAAGAAAAAGACGCGGACGUCCUUCGGGGCCACAGCACCGCCCUUCAUUGACUACCUGAAAGAUAUUCUACGUCGAUAUCCAGAUGGUGGACAAAUUCUGAAGGAGCUGAUUCAAAAUGCAGAUGAUGCUCAAGCCACAGAAGUGGUUUUCAUCCAUGAUGAGAGAAGCUAUGGGACUGAGAGCCUGUGGACUGAUGAACUAGGAGAAUACCAAGGUCCUGCUCUCUACGCCUACAACAAUGCAGCGUUCACUAAUGAUGACUGGAAAGGAAUUCAGAUGGCAGGGAGGAGUGUCAAGCGCGAUGAUCCAAAUAGAGUCGGGAGGUUUGGAAUUGGCUUCAACUCUGUUUACCACAUAACAGAUGUGCCAUCCAUAUUCAGUUCAGGUCAUCUUGGCUUCAUGGAUCCCCAAGAAAAAAUAUUUGGAGAAAAAGAAGGAGGGUUUUGGUGGUCUUUGAAAGAUCCAGAAGACCAAGAAGCUCUGAUGACUGUGCAUGAUCAGUUCCAACCCUUUCAAGAUAUAGUUUCACUUGUAAGCAGACAAGAAUGGUCAAAAGUUGUCAUGGAGGAUGAGCACUUUGACGGGACAAUUUUCAGAUUCCCCUUGCGCAACAAGGAUUCAGAUAUUUCAGAUAAUCUAUAUGACUCUGAUAAGGUGGUUGAUCUUUUUGAUAGCUUCAUUGCGGAUGCAGAGUUGAGCCUCCUGUUCUUGAAAAAUGUGACCUCUGUGUCCUUGGUACAUAUCAACGUACAUGGCAGUGUCAACACCAGACUUGAAGUGAAAUCCUCAGUCAACACAGAUGUCAUUUUGGAGUCAGAAAAUGAGUCAAUCAUUAAGGGUUCAACAAAGUUCAAAUUAAUAACCCUCAGCUCAGAAGACCACAAAGAAACAAAGUGGCUUGUGACAACUUGUACCAUGAAAGAAGGCAAUGUAGAAUGUCUUGAUUUACUCGCAAAAAAGUUAUGCUUUUUUCCACAAGUCGACUUGGCAUUCCCUUGUGGUGAGAAGAGAGACUGUAGUCAAAGUCGACUGAGCUGCUUUCUCCCCCUCCCAAACAAUGAAUCCAACAAGACAGGACUCCCAGUUUAUGUCAACGCGUGCUUUGGCCUCACAGACAACAGAAGACACAUCAAGUGGCAAGAGGAAGACCAGAAACAUGAUGAACAUGCUGUCUGGAAUGAAUUACUGAUGAAAGAAGUGCUCCCACAGGCAUACUUAUUGAUUAUUCAAGAUGCUAUCAAACUUGCCCAAGAAGCUUUUCUGCCUGUCUCUUCCGUGUACGAUCUGUGGCCAGAUAUUGCCCAGAUAAAGCACAAAGACAAAUGGCUUGCUUUUGCUCUGGAUGUUCUUCAACACUUAUUCAGACAGAAUGUGGCUGUCCUCUCUCUCGCCAGGGACGAAAGAAUGUUUAUCACUCCAUCAGAAGCCGUGUUCCCCUGUAAUGGCCCAACAAGCCCUGACAUACUGGCCGCCAUCAAAAGGACUUUGGUUUCCUGUGGAGAAAAUCUUGUCACUUUACCAAGUAGUGUUGCAAGAGCUAUAAAAGAAGCCUAUCCACACGUCAACACCCUAAAACAUGUGACGCCAGCUUUCUUAAGGGACAUUCUCUGCAGGUCUGGUGUGCACAUCAUCUCAAAAGACGACAAACUCUCUCUUUUGGAGUACAUUUUGAGUGAUGGAAAAUACAGAGAACUCAAGGGUCUUCAGCUGCUUCCACUCAGCGAUGGCUCUUUCAGAUCUUUCACAGACAGAGAGGAGGACACUGCUCUAAUUGACAGCGAUGGAUUUCCAAGAGUCUUGCUACCAUGCUGCAAGCACCUCUUCAUCCCAGAUGAUCUCAGUCCAGCCUGCAAUACCCACCUGAAAGAACUGGCCAGAAAAAAUUUAUUCAAGGUCAUCAACAUUGAUGCUGACCAGGUGGCUGAAUAUACGAGGAGGUAUUUGCCACAGGACUGGAAGCAGGUGAGGGCAGGGCUAGUAACCUGGAACAUCGGCAAAAGUCAACAUCCACCUUUGGACUGGCUCCAAGAAUUCUGGAAAUUUCUCAACACUCACUUCAGAAAGUUAAGUAAUUUUAAUGGAAUUCCACUGAUACCAGUCGGUCCCUUGUCUGACAGUCAGUCUGUAUCACUAGCAAGACUACAGCAGAACACAACACUCAUUUUUCAGAAAAGCAAGCAGAUUAACUUGCCAGAACAAAUAGCUCAGUUGGUGAACAAAGUUGGUGGCACAGUGGUGAGAGGAAACGAGUGGCUCAAGCACGAAGACCUACACUCUUAUGUACUGUGCCCAUCUCCUGAAAGUGUCAUGAAAGUCUUGGGGAAUUUAGAUUCUCAAGAUCUCAUCAGAAAGCUUGAGACUGCCUCUCCCAGACAACGAGAAGAACUAAAAGAUUAUCUCUCUCGUCUGGAUUCCGUCUCAGGCAAUGAGAAAGAUUUACUCUUAAAGUUGCCUCUCUUCCAAACCAUGAAAGGAUCCUGUGUUGCAACUCAAUCAAAACAGGCUGUGCUCCUAAUUUCUGGUCUAACAGUACCAACAGAGUUCCCUAUGCCUGAUUCCGUUGUGCAGUGUGCAACUGAGGCUGACCGCAGACUGUUACAGCUGCUCAAAGUUCAACUCUUGGACACAGCUGAAGCAGCCAAUCUUCUCAUUGGCGUUAUUGAGAGGGGGGCUUGCAAAAAAGAUGACAGUGAGAAAAUCAUGACUUGGAUUUUAGAGCAUGGUACUAUCCUUUUCUCUCAAAAUAAGACCUUGAAACACAAAUGUAAGGACUUGAGAUUCAUUGAAGUUAAUGGAGAGUUGAAAAAGACCUCAAGCUUUUUUGAUCCAACAAUUAAAACUUUUAAAGUCGUUUUUGAGUCAGAUUUCUUCCCCCCACCUUUAUACACUCAAACAUCACAGAUGCUUAAAAGUCUCACAGAUCUUGGAUUGCUAAAUAAAGAAGUAGAAGUGUCACCUCAGCACUUGUUGCAUGCUGCCACACUGAUUGACCAACUGAAUGUCGACUUUCAAACUGAUGCUUGCAAAAGAGCUCAGGUACUCUUGAAAAUGUUGGAUACUAAUGAUCUACUUUCAAAGUUUUCUCAGGACCAGCUUCGUUCCCUUAAAAUGCUGAAAUGGGUCCCAUGUGCUAAAUCGGGGGAUGACAAAAAACACUGCAAUGACAAAUCUCAGGAAAGUUGUAUCUUCUGUCCAGAUGAAAUACGACAUUCUAUGUAUGAGGACAUUGUUGGGCAUGUAAUGCCUCUGGUGGGAAAGUUCAGUAACAGAGUUACCAACCAACUUGGUCUUAAACGCCUACCCCCACCUGAAAAAGUGAUAGAGAAUUUGUUGGUCUUGGCAUCAAAAGCACAAACAAUGACUGAUCCUGACACUAAUGUUGAUUUCAAAAGGAAGUUGCGUAGCAUUUAUGAACACAUGCAAAACCACAUCUCUGAAUUUACAACAAUGAUGAACAAAGACACACGCUGGUUGUGGAACCAUAACCAGUUUGUAUCACCACAGGAUCUGGUUCUAGACUACCCACGCAAUCUAGAUCUGAGCUCUUACAUUGGAAAGGUGCCAAAUGAAUUUCUGCCAUACAAAAGGUUGCUCCAGGAGUUUGGUCUGAGAACAUCACUUUCAGAUGAAGAAAUUGUUGGCAUUCUUCAUUCUAUCCAGCAAACCACUGAAGAAAGGCAACAGCCAUUGGCAAGUUCCUCUGAGAUAAAAGUGUCAAUAGAAAUUCUUAACUGGCUAUGGAGAGAGAAGAAGACAGUUCCGAAUGACAUCCCGGUGCCAGUCCUCAUAGAGGGUGAACAAUAUACUCUCAAACCACGUUCAACAGCAGUCUUCUGUGAUGUAAGCAAAAAUGGAUUGAAUGAGCUUAACUACAGCCAGGAGGAAAUUCGUGUCUUACAUGAGGAAAUCCCUAAAGCAACCGCUGAAUGGUUGAACAUCCGAUUUCUCAGUACAUACAUCCUUGAUCCAGAGUUAGUGGGAAUAGAACAGUGUGGGCAAUCUGAACCAAUAACAAUGAGGAUUAAAAACAUUCUUAAAGAGUAUGAUGAAGAAAGUGACAUCUUCAAAGAGCUAAUUCAAAAUGCUGAGGAUGCUGGGGCAGACGCCUGUAAAUUCUUGGUGGAUUUCAGAGUGCACAAAGAUUCUCCUGAAAGUCUCAUUGAUCCUGACAUGGCCCUUUGUCAGGGACCUUGUCUUUGGGCAUUUAAUAAUGAGCAGUUCACAGAUGAGGAUUGGAAAAAUAUUGUCAGAGUUGGCUCUGCCUCAAAAGAAAACAAGGUGGAGAAAAUUGGAAAAUUUGGACUUGGAUUCAAUACAGUUUAUCAUGUGACAGAUGUUCCUUCUAUCCUCAGUGGCAACAGUCUUCUCAUACUUGAUCCAAAUGUAACUCACCUUAAGAAGCACAUCAAACAUGGAACAAGUCCUGGAAUCAAGUUGAAUCUCUCUCUGCAGCGACAUUUCCGUUGUUUUCCUGGUCAGUUUGGACCAUAUGAACGCAUAUUUGAUUGUAAUUUCACCAAACAAAGUCCCCCUAAACCCUAUCCAGGCACUCUGAUCAAACUACCUUUCCGAACUGAAGAAGAAGCUCUUAAGUCAGAAAUAAGCACAAAAGUGUAUCAAAAACACAAUAUCAUCAACUUUCAACAGCACUUAAUUGAGAAUUCACAAACUCACCUGCUGUUUCUGAAGAACAUCAAUACAUUAUCUCUACAAAAUAUCUCAAAAGAUGGAUCAGUUCCGCCAAGAGAUGAUGAAAUAGAAACUGUCCUUACAGUCUCCAAAACAACUGUCAGUACAAUGAGGAUUCCUGAUGAAUCCAAUGUGUCAAAGCAGCAUCAAGCUGAGAAAUCAUUGAUGAAACUUGAUGGAAAAUGCAAAGAUGUCAUUGACUGCUGCAAAGUCAACAUUGUCCAAAUAACCAGUCAGCAAUCUGGUGUUACUGAAGUCCAGUCCUGGCUCCUAUACAACUGCUUUGGGACACAUCAGUCUUUGAAAAUCUCCCUUCAAGAAAACAAGCAAGCCAAGUUCUCUUUGCCUAUAGGGGGGGUUGCUGUGCCUUUGCAAAAUAAUCCAGAAACUGGGAAAAUGGCCUCAUUACAAACAGAUCUUGUUGGACAGGCAUUUUGCUUCCUCCCCCUUUCCAUUCACACAGGUCUUCCAGUCAAUGUAAAUGGAACAUUUGCUGUGACAAGCAACCGAAAAGGUCUAUGGGAGAGUGGAGUAAAACAUGCCUGGAACAAAGCCCUUCUUCAGGAUCCUGUAGUGACGGCAUAUGUUACUGCACUCUUGGCACUAAAGAAAAUGUCUGAAAACAAGCAACUGGAAACUUACUGUUAUCACACCUUUUGGCCUGAUAGAGAGAACGUGAGUGAAACAUUCAAGCCUUUGGUCGAUGCAUUUUACUCCAUCAUUGCCCAGCACUCCACUGGUCCAGCGCUCUUUAGUGACGGAGAACAUUGGUGCUCAAUGAACAGUGCGAUAUUUCUACACGAGAGCAUUGAAGAGGAUAAAGACAUCAGUACACUUGUAGUGCACGUGUGCAAGAAACAUGCAAAAGCACCCAACCAGGUUGUUCCUCUUCCACUGUGGUUGAGAAACAGCUUCAAACAGGCUGGCCUAGAAAAGGUUUUACAGGACAGAACAUGGAACUGGGAAAAGUUUUACAAAGAAGCAGUGUUCAACAACCUUACUACCUUGGACCCUCAGAGUAGAGAUAAUCUUCUGCUGCAUGCUAUUGACCUUAACAUCAAAGAAAUUGACAAUCUACUGCUCUGCUAUCCAUGCAUCCCCACAAAAGGCGGACAACUCCAGUAUAUCAAAAAACUUGUGAAUCCAUCAGGGAAAGUGGCCUGUCUUUUUGAACCAGAAGAGGGACGCUUGCUUGGGGGUACCAAAAAUGACUUUUGCUCCCCAAAAAGGAUUCAGCGCUUGUUGGAACUUGGAAUGGCAAAUGAUCAUCUCCCAUUGGAAGACAUCACAGACAAAGCAGGCACAAUCACCAAAACCUGGAGCACUGACAAAAAGAAAGCAUAUGGGCAUAUGAAGUGCCUUCUUGAACUUAUGAAUUACCACAGGAAUGAUGAAGACUCUCUCCACUGGGAAACACUGAGGAAGACUGAAUUUCUCCCAGCAUUUCGCCCUGGUGAUACAAGAAUGGAAAGAAAUGCAAUACUUGGAAGGCCCACUGAUAUUUUUAGUGACAAAUGCUCCCUACUUGUUAACAUGACAAAUCCUGUGCUGGAUCACAACAAUCUGAAAAUACACAACACCAAUCCAGUCUUACAGAUUUUGAGAGUUCGUGACAUUCCAAGCCUUGAGACUGUGCUUCAACAGCUGCAAGAAGCCUGUAAGCAAUCUCAAUCUAUUGACAGCACCAUGAUUCACAGAAUAGCAUAUGAAUGCUAUAAGUUUCUGGAUGAGUUGCUCAUUGAUUCUGAGAAUUCCAGUUUCAUUUCACAGAGGGCAAAUUCAUUCCCAUUUAUUCUUGUAGGCAGUGCAUUUGUAAAUGUGAACCGUGUAGCAGAGAAUGAGCAAUUUGAAGCAAAACCCUAUCUCUAUGUACUUCCACCUGCCUUCACUAGUUUCAAGAGGCUCUGGGAAAGUGUAGGUGUUGAAAAAUGUUUUACCACCAGUCAGUUUCAAACUGUGUUCCAGGAAUUGCACUCUCGACAUGGCAACAACCCCCUGCCAAAGAGUGAUCUAUCAAUCUGCCUCACAAUUUUGAACAUAGGCAUAUAUGAGGCCGAAGAGAAAACAACAGGGGACUGUCUGAUACCCAACAAACAUGGUGUUUUACAACCUGCAAGUGAGAUGUUUUACAAUGACAGUGCAUGGAUACCAGUUUCAUCAGGUGUCACUUUAUGCCACGAGAAUAUCCCACGUGUUGUGGCUUGCCACUUUGGAAUUAAAACUACCAGGCAUCAUACUCUGCAAAACCACAUUGUUGAGAACAUUUCACCAUUUGCUUUUCAGUUUGAACAGCAGGAACAACUCCCUGUUCGAAUUAAAAACAUAAUUUCAGCUUAUCCAUCAAAGAAGGAUAUCCUAAAAGAGCUUUUACAAAAUGCUGAUGAUGCAGAAGCAACAGAAAUCCACUUUGUUUGGGACAAACGACAGCAUGGCGAAGAAAAAACAUUUGGGAAGAAAUGGAACCAUCUGCAGGGUCCAGCACUGUGUGUGUUCAACAACAAAGUGUUUUCUGAUGCUGACCUGCAUGGGAUUCAACAGCUGGGAGAAGGAGGAAAGCACAACACAGCAGGGAAGACAGGAAAAUACGGAGUGGGAUUCAACUCUGUUUAUCAUCUCACUGACUGCCCCUCAAUUCUUACUGGAGAUCAAUUACUGUGCAUUUCUGAUCCCAAUCAGACGUACAUUGAAAGUCAUUUAGACAACCCACCAGCUGGCAUUGGCUAUACACUAGCAGACACUUUCAAGAACAUGUACAUAGAUGUCUACAAUUCCUUUCUUCCUGACAAAUUUCCUCUUAAAGAGGGUACCAUGUUCAGAUUACCUCUAAGGAUGGGUAGCAUGGCAGACAGCUCUAAAAUAUCAAAGCAGGAAGUCACUGACCAUGACAUGAAAGAACUAUGCUCUGUCCUCUCUGAAGAUCCUGAAGGACUAAUUCUGUUUCUGAAAAACAUCUGCAAAAUAAAAGUACAUGAAAUCAAUGAACAAUCAGGGGAACUCAAAACCAUCUUUGUGGUGGAAAAAAGUCUACCACAGACAAGCAAAGAAAAAAAAGAUGCUUUUGUCAAACUUCAACAAAAUGCACUACAAUCUGACAAACCAAUCACACCACAGCAGGCCAUUUAUGAAACCAUCAUUUCAACCUCAGAUAAAAGAAGUAAAUGGAUCACUGCAGAACAGUUUGGCUCAUUCAAAGACAGUGGCGGAAGAGAAACAACACUAUCAGACAAACUACCCCAAGCAGCAAUAGCGGGCCUUGUGAGCAGUAAGAUGUUCAAGAGUCUAGCACCAUCCAGCCAAAUGUAUUUCAUGGGAGAAGCCUUUUGUUCACUUCCUUUGCCAGGGAAAACUAAACUACCAGUGCAUGUGAAUGCAAACUUUGAGGUGGAUUCUGCCAGGAGAGGUCUUUGGAAAGAAGAUGGACAAAGUCAAAAAUCUAAGUGGAAUGAAUCUUUGAAACAGAAUGUCAUUGCUCCACUGUAUGCCGAUCUCCUUUAUUACAUCAGCCAUAACACUGCAAAUAAGAAAGUCUCUCUUACACAAAUUAAGUCAUACUUAAGUAGCUCAUACUUACGUUUUUGGCCAACUGUGUCUGAAAAUGUUGAUGAGGCUUGGCAUGAAAUGAUACAUGAGGUAUACAGAUCAAUCCAAGAAAGAGGCCUCAAUGUGAUCCCAGUGUUGAGGAGUUCAAAACGUCUAAUUGCAAGCCGAGAAAUUAAGGAGUACUCUUUUGAGUGGUGUGAUGUCAGAGAAACUGAAUCAACUAAGGCACCUUACCUGGCACACUCAGGACAGAGCGAGAUUAAUUCCAUUUUGAAAGAUCUUGGAAUGAUAUUGGUUCCUUUUUCCAUGGAAAUGAAAAAAGUUUGGAAUAGUUUCAGAGUUGCUGGUGUCAAAGUGAAAGAUGUGAAUCAUUCAACUGUGCAGACCUUCCUGAGAGAAAAACCCCUCAAUGACCCAGCCCAAACAGACAAGGAUUUACCCCUGCCCAUAACUGCCACUCUGAUCAGAGAUGAAAACAGAUGUUCAAAACUCUUGAGUUUCUGCUUGUAUGAGUUUGAGAGAGACAAGAAAAAGGUCACAGAAGACUGUUCCACUUUACUCAAUGGGCUCCCACUUCUUCUCACAAGAGAUAAAGUUUUGAGAGUGUUUGAUUCUGAAUCUCCCAAGCUGAUGUCAGAAUAUGAAGGUCUGUUCUCUGGCUAUGAGGAACAAUUUGCAGAUUACCCAACCAACGUACACCACUUUCAUGUUCUACAAACUUUCAAUCUUGUAAAAUAUUUGACAGUUCCCUGUGCAGCAAAAUAUCUUAAGCCAGUAAUUCAGCGUCUUCUUCAGAACUGUAAAGUUGACCCACGCACUGGUCUUCAUGUCCCAAACGAGACAACACUGAAGUGGCUGAGAUUACUUUGGAAGUUCUUAACAAGUCAAAUUCAACCUGCAACAUCUAAUGGUGAUAAACCAAGUCUGACACUAAGUGAUGUUAGACAGCUCUUCAAUGACUGCUGCAUUUUACCUGUUGUGUGUCCAAGGUUAAACAACAAGCACUUCCUGCAAACAAUGAAAGACAUGCCAAGUGUGAUUCAAUUCGCUUUAGAAAGGGACAUAUCGGGCACCCUCUUUAAACUUGGUUUUAUGAAGCUUGACAAUGUAUUCUUCUCAAAGGUACAUUUGGACCGACAUGUGUCUUCCCCUCUACACCCUGAACUUAUGGAUGUGGAUGAUAAAAUCUCUGUGUUGGACCAGGUCUACAAGAUUAACCACUCAGAGUUUUCCCAGCUUUCUAUUGAUGAGAUGAAAGAGCUUCAGCGUUUCCUGCAGGAAGGGGUAUUCAAGUCAAAAGACAAACAAGAGAACCAGAGAAAGCUCAAAUCCUUACCAUUAUUUGAAACAAUACAUGGUAAACGAGUAAGGAUUGAUGGACCUAAAGAGGUAUUUAUCCUCGAUAGCACACUUGCAGGGACAUUUCCAGAUUUGUUCAUUCUGCCUGACAGCAACAGCAUUUUUCUUCAGAACAACAGAGAGAAUGGCAGUCUGUCAGAAAUAUUAAACAUCCCAAUCCUGACUGAUUUGGAGUAUUUCAUGAAGUUCAUUCUGUCCAUUAUACAUACAUUCACAGAGAGCCAGCUGCUUCAAUGCCUCAAACUGUUACUACAUUGUAAUGUGAAUUAUUUUCAGGAUAAAGACAAAAUCAUCUCCUCAUUGAAGGAAGUAAAACUGAUUCGUAAUUCUCUUGGCAGAUUAGAGAAAGUGUCAUACUACUUUGAUGAUAGUGUUAAACUAUACAAGAAAAUGCUGCCCCAAGACAGAUUUUUGCCGGAGAGAUUUUGGUCUGAGUUGUGUGAAGAAAAUGAACAAACAACCCAACAACUAAAAGGGUUACUCAGAGAACUUGGAAUGAAGCAUGUUGUAUCAAAAGAUGACAUAAUAAAGUUUGCACACCAGUUAGAAUCAGAAGCAAAAGGAAACUAUAAAUUUAAAGAGCUGGAACAGAAAUCAUCAUUGAUUUUCGAAGCAGCCUUGAAAAAAGUGAGUGAAGACAAAGAAGAGGAAAGGUUGGUGGAGAACAUAGCUGACAUCAAGUUCAUUUUUCCUGUGAAAAUUCAACAAGAACUGUGCAACUAUCACCAACCAUUUGCUACUGAGAGAACUGCUGUUAAAAUCAGAGGGUCUUUGAUUGAAGGUGAUUCUAAGCAUCAAGAACUGAUUUGGUCUUCAAUGCCAAUUAUACAUCUACCAGUGUAUAAGUCACAGAAGCUGCUGAAAAAGCUGAAAAAUGCCGGCGCUCAUGAACAACCACCUCUACACUGUGUAACCAACAACAUGAGCAACAUCUGUCAGUCAGCUUGUAAAACUGACAAUUUGAUCAAAACCCGUGCUGAUGUGUUUAGAAGUUCGUAUGCCUACCUGCAAGCAAACCAGUUUGAAGGCCAAUCACUAGCUGAUACUCCUGUUGUGUUGGUUGAAAAGGACAUAGAACUCGUGAGGGCUGAUGAUGCGUGUCUUUCACUCUGCCAUACAAGUGAGUUCCGACCAUAUUUGUACAACAUUUCUCCGAAGGAUGUCCUGUACGCAGAGUUCUUCAAGAAAAUUGGUGUAAAGGACAAACCUACCGCAAUUCAGUAUUGUAAUGUUCUGGCAGCAGUUUAUGCUGAUUCCUGUGAUAAACCACAACUAAACCCAAACCAACAGAAAACAGUGAAACGUGCUGUUGAGCAGUUUUUUAAGUUAAUCAAAACUGAAGGAAACCAGUUGAAUGUUGACGCUGUAAAGACUUUGUAUUUUCCUGCUGUAGAUGGUAAAUUAUACCCAAUAAUGGAACUCUACUACAAUGACACCGUGUUUGAGAUCAAAAGAUUGGAAGAUGCACUGGAUAAUAAGUUCCUGUUGCUUGAGAAACUAAGUGAAUGUCAUUUGGGCCUUGACAUCUAUGAGCAUCAUCGGUUGCUGCAAUUGCUGCCUGAGAAAUUUCAGCCUAAAAUGCUAUCUGAUUUCACUGAGGAGAAAGUAGUGGAAUCACACAUGCAGCUUUGUGAGCUUGAGACUGACUGUCAGUUUAGUCAAUGGUUUAAAAUACACCUGUCCUCAAGAGAGUUCAGACAUGGACUAAUUUGCCUUAUCAGAGAACAGUCUAUGGGAGAAAUAACACAAGAGGACGCUACUGACAUGUGCAAGAAGAUUUUUGGCAGUAUUCAGAUUGUCUGUUGCAGAAACCUUGAAACUGAGCUUUGGGUGAACAAACAGCCACUACACAAAACUGCCACUAAAACUGAUGUUUUUGUCAAACGAGGGCAACAAGGUUGCGUCUUUCACUUAAAACACAAUGAUAACAAGCAAUUCAAGGUGUUAAAUAACAUCAAUAUGACAUUGACAAAGGAGAUUAAUGCUCUUUUAGGUAACCGAAUUGCCGCAAUUCACCUUACAGUCCUCGGUCAACUUCUCAUGUGUGACAGCCUGGAAGAGGUUCGGGACAUUCUUGCUAAGAAUGGGAUCCAUGACAGUGCUGAAAUUGAAAACUUUCCCUUAAAUCUACCAGCCCCUGGAACAGAUAUUCCAGAGGAAUGGCAUGAUUCCUUAGAUAUGGAUGUUCUCAAUAACUUUGAAGAGGGGGAAUAUGUUGGCUACAACACUAACAACAAGUACAUUUAUGCAGUUAUUGCUGAAGAACUGCCUGGGCACUCACCAUAUUCACGGCGAUACAAAAUAGAAAUUGGAGAAGAUGAGCCAAUUGAAGUCAGUUGUCUUGACCUGUAUCAGUUUAAACGACAAAAGAAACCAGAAGCCAGGGGGAAGACAUGCACAUCUGCUGAAGCUUCCUGCAUGGAGCUGGAGCUGCGAGCAGGAGCUGUGGCACAUUCGCCCCAACCAUCAUCUACAAGAUCCUCACCGGCCUCCCUUGACGAAGCCAAAAGGGAAAUUGACAAAUGUUUGAAAGAGAUCUGGACUCUUCCUGAAGAGGAGAGGCAUAAAGCAAUCAAACGACUGUACCUAAGAUGGCAUCCUGACAAAAACGCUGAAUGCCAACAUAUCGCCACUGAAGCAUUCAAAUACUUGAAGAAUCAAAUUGAUGAGCUUGUCAAGGGUAAAGGCAAAGGCAAAACUGCAGGCCCGUCCUAUUCAAGGGGAAACUCCAAUUUCAGAAACUUCUAUGAGGAAUGGAAUCAGGAGGCCAGGCAACACAGAGCUGGUCGAGAGAGAUUCUCUAGAGGCCACCAGUCUUACAACUUUUGGGACCAUAAUGAAAAUGUCCCAAAGCCGAACAGAGAGGAGGCCCAGCGUUGGUGUAGACAGGCUCGCUGUGAUCUCAAUGCAGCUCACAAAGACGCUGGUGGGGGGAGCACAGAAUGGUGUCUUUUCAAAGUCCAUCAAGCAGUGGAAAAGUCUCUCAUAGCUGCAGAGUAUAAAAGAUGUGGGCAAUAUCAAACCAACAACUCCAUUUCAACCAGAGCUGCACAAGUUUCCCUUUACAACAUCCAACUGAGAGUUCUGCCUCAAAUUGUGGAAAAUCUAAUGACACUGGGAGUGGAUGCCAAAAAGACUCAGUAUCCCAAAUACCAUCAAUUUCCCCAUAUUCCAAACGGACAGUUCAAAUCAGAGAAUGAAAUGUUAGCAGUGGACAUGGCAUCUGAGCUUCUCAGUAAAGUAGAGGCAUAUGUAAAUUAGGGAUUCAAGACAGACAAGUCAUGUUGGCAGUCAGUUUAAGAUUUUGACAUGUUAACAUAACACAACAUAGCAUGACUUCAAACAAAAGACUGCAUAAAGUAAGAAUGAUAUGACUUAUGAAUAUUUUGUUUAGGAUUCUUUACUUUAGAAUAAUCUAUAUAUGACUACAUGAAUUUGUUAUGUAAAUGUAAAUAUCAAAGCAUUUUGUGCAUUGUUGUAGACAUUCAUGACUACUUGAUGAGGACCAGUAUAAAGUGAACAACUUUGUUUUGUAAUGAAGUAUCAAUGUGGGUUUUUUUAUAUUGUAAACAACUACUUACUGAGGACCAGUGACUUUAUGAAGAUGCAAAUAGUAAAAAUAAUAGUUUUCAAUGUUGUAAACAAUUAUAUCUUCUCACUGAGGACCAAUAUAAUCAGUUUAGAACUUUUUUAUGGAAUGAAACUGAGGUUUUUGUUUUUUUGUUUAGUUUUUUUUAUGUUGUAAACAAUUAUAACUAUUUACCAGUGACUUGAUGAAAUGCAAAUAGCAAUGUUUUUUUUAUGUUUAUGUUUUUAUGUUACAUUUGUAUCUACUCACUGAGGACCAAUAUAAUAAGUGUACAACUUUUUUAUGGAAUGAAAUUGAAGUUUUUAUUUUUUGUUUAUGUUUUUUUCAAUGUUGUAAACUAUUCAGAAUUACUCACUGAGGACCAGUGACUUUAUGAAGAUGCAAAUAGCAAAGAAUUUGUUUUUCAAUGUUGUAAACAUUUAUAUCUAUUCACUGAGGACCAAUAUAAUCAGAGUACAACUUUGUUAUGGAAUGAAAUGGAAGUUUUUUGUUUAGUUUUUUUUUUCCAAUGUUGUAAACAAUUAUAACUACUUACAGAAGACCAGUGACUUUAUGAAGAUGCAAAUAGCAAAGAAUUUUAUUUUUUAAUGUUGUAAACAUUUAUAUCUACUCACUGAGGAUCAAUAUAAUCAGUGUAGAGCUAUGUUAUGUAAUGAAAUUGAAGUUUUUGUUUCUUGUUUAGUUUUUUUGCAAUGUUGUAAACAAUUAAAACCUACUUAGUGAGGACCAGUGACUUCAUGAAGAUGCAAACAGCAAAGUUUUUUUUUCAAUGCUGUAAACAUUCAUGACUUCUUACUGAAGACUGAUAUAAUCAGUGUAUAACUUUGUUAUGUAAUGAAAUUAAAAUUGAUUUUUUUUGUUUAGUUUUUUUGCAAUGUUUGUAAAAAAUUUGGCAACUACUUACUAAAGAACUAUAUAAAUCAAUGUAUAACUUUGUUAUGGAAAUGCAAAAUGUCCAAAUCAU